AUGCAUUCGAGCAGAGGAUUAUCACGGAGGAAUUGCCCUGAAUCCCUGAACUGCAGCUGGGGCACCGAGCUCUGGGAUCAGUUUGAUAACUUGGAGAAGCACACACAGUGGGGCAUCGAGUUUGUGGAGCGCUACACCAAGUUUGUCAAGGAGAGAUCCGAAAUUGAGCUGAGCUACGCCAAGCAAAUAAGAAAUCUCUCGAAGAAAUAUCAGCCCAAGAAGAACUCCAGAGAAGAGGACGAGUACAAGUACACCUCCUGCCGAGCAUUUCUGAUGACACUGAAUGAGCUGAAUGACUACGCUGGGCAGCACGAGGUCAUCGCUGAGAAUCUCUCGACACAGAUCAUCUCAGAGCUGGUGCGCUACAUCCAGGAGCUGAAAGCCGAACGGAAAGCGCAUUUCCAUGAUGGCCGCAGAGCUCAGCAGCAUAUCGAGAACUCCUGGAAACAGCUGGAGUCGAGCAAACGUCGGUUUGAGAGAGACUGCAAAGAAGCCGAUCGUGCCCAGCAUUAUUUUGACAAGAUGGACGCCGACAUUAACGUGACCAAGGCGGAUGUGGAGAAGGCUAAACAGCAAGCUCAAAUAAGGCAUCAAAUCGCUGAUGACAGUAAGAACGAGUAUCUAUCCUACCUGCAGAAGUUUAAUAAAGACCAACACGAACACUACUACACCCUCAUCCCCCACAUCUUUCAGAGGAUUCAGGAGAUGGAGGAGAGACGGAUUGAGAGAAUAGGGGAGAGUAUGAGGUGUUACGCCGAGGUGGAGCGCAAAGUGCUGCCCAUAGUAAACAAGUGUCUGGAUGGCAUGACCAAGGCAGCUGAGUCCAUCGAACCCAAAAUGGACACCAAGCAAGUGGUAGAGACAUACAAGUCCGGCUUUGAGCCCCCAGGCGAUGUAGAGUUUGAGGACUACAGCGUAUCCAUGAAGAGAGCCGUAUCCGAGUCCAGCUUCCUGAACGCACGUGGAGAGAGUCGGCGCAGGAGCAGGAGCAAGCUGUGGCCUUUAAUUAAGAGGAAUAAGCUUAUGUCCUUGUUAGCGUCGCCUCGUCAGCCCCCUCCUCCUCCCCCCACGUCACCCUCUCCAGAAGGCCUGGCCAAUGGGCCGCACUCGCCCCCGCACAGCAAGGAACCUCUCGGACAACGCCUCAACGACUUCAUGAGCUCCAAACACAAGAUGCAGUGCCUGAGAAGCUUAAAGCGUGGGGGAACGGUCCAAGAGGAUUAUAGUCAUUUACCCCCAGAGCAACGGCGAAAGAAACUGCAGGCCAAGCUUAAUGACAUCAGCAAAGACAUCCAGAAAGAGAUGGAUCAGAGGGACGCGCUGAAUAAAAUGAAGGAAGUGUACAUUAAGAACCCUCACAUGGGCGACCCAAACAGUGUGGACCCGCGUUUAGAGGAGGUGCGGCAGAGCAUCGAGAAACUCCAGCUUGAGGCACACAAAUAUGAGACCUGGCUAACAGACGUGGAGAGGAAGCUGCUGGAGAAGGACAGCACUCUGAGGAGACAAAGCGCCCCGUUUGAAUCGCAGGGCAACACGGGCAACGUUGCUAACAGCUGUGCCCAGAACAGAGAGAGUCCGGACGGCAGCUAUACGGAAGACCCCAGCACAGAGACAGUGCAGUUCAAGUCCCGCAGCACCGAGUUCGAUGAUGAGUUCGAUGAUGAAGAACCUUUACCCACCAUAGGAACGUGCAAGGCUCUCUACCCUUUCGAAGGCCAGAACGAGGGCACCAUCCCGAUGGCGGAAGGCGAGAUGUUGUACGUAAUCGAGGAAGACAAAGGCGACGGCUGGACUCGUGUGCGCAGGAACGAGGAUGAGGAGGGAUACGUGCCCACGUCCUAUAUCAAGCUCUGCUUCGAUGCCAACUCCAAAGGUGCCAUGACCUAUAUUUAA